GGAGUCUUUUAAUAUUGGGGUUUGGUGUGUCUGUGUACCUGAUCGUGAACUAUGGAUUGAUUUUGAGAGUGCGAGUAGAAUUAUCGUUCCUUGAUCUAGUUUUGUCUUUUCUUAAUACAUUGCGGAAUUCAGUUCGAAAAUGAGAUUAAGACCGACAUGGAGAUAUAGAAAGGAUUAAUCUAGUCUGAAAGAGGCCCUUGACUGAUUCCGAUUGCGAUGGCCCCUGACAAUGUUGUGAAUAUUGCCUGUAGAUUAUGUAUAUUCAUGUUCCUGUUUUCUGCCGUAACAGCACAAGAUCCUUGUGAUAGCAGUCCUUGUGUUUCUCCUUUUACCUGCGUGUCUGGAGGAGGUCGGUUCCUAUGUCUAUGUACCCCCAUUACCAGAGAAGACAUUACUACCUUCUAUCACGGAACUACAUGCAACGAGACAUUUCUAUCGUCUUGUGGUGAAACAUUUUCCUCGGCUACCGGCGAAAUCCUGAGCCCGUCGUAUCCCGCUGACUACCCACCGAAUCAGGAGUGCUAUUAUCUAAUCAGGAUCCUUGGUGCUUAUGGCAUCACGUUCUACGUAAAUGACAUUGCCACUGAAAAUACAGACACGGUCACCAUUGGAAAAGGGCCAAGUGUUCUUUUAGAAGGAACUCGUUUAAAUUCGUCUGGAGAAUUUGUCACCAUAAACUCUGAUCAAGCAUGGAUAUCAUUUAUAUCGGAUCGAGAUACAACGUUCAGGGGAUUCAACAUCACAUAUGAAUCAGAUACAGACGAUUGUCAAGACGACCCAUGUAACAAUAAUGGAACGUGCACCGAUUUAGUUUAUGACUAUGAAUGUUCAUGUGCAGAUGGUUGGACCGACAGAAACUGUACUACAGAUAUCGACGAAUGUGCAGGAGUAUCUUGUAACUUUGUUGGGAUCUGCCAGGACAUGGUCAAUGGUUUCACCUGUGUUUGUACAACUGGAUUCACUGGCACCUUCUGCGAAACAAAUAUAGAUGAAUGUACACCGAACCCCUGUCAACAUGGUUCUACGUGUCAUGACGGGAUUGGUGGAUAUUCUUGUUCAUGCGCACCAGGCUACACUGGGACGGAGUGCGAAGUAGAUAUCAAUGAAUGCGUGUCCAAUCCGUGUGCGCCCGGUGGUCGAUGCAGCGAUUUGGUUAACAAAUUUGAGUGCAUAUGCGAUCUUGGUUUGACGGGAACCAGAUGUGAAAUAGACAUCCAGGAAUGUGCGAGUGAACCUUGUAGAAAUGGAGGAACGUGCAGGGAAGGCGGUCUGAAUACCUACAUGUGUACCUGUGCUCCUGGUUUUACCGGCCCAACUUGUCGGGAAGAUAUCAAUGAAUGCGCAAGCAACCCUUGCCGAAACGGAGGAGCAUGUUCGAAUGGGGUCAAUAGAUUUACAUGUGAUUGCCCAUCGGGUUUCAACGGAACAACUUGUCAAUCAAACAUCGAUGAAUGUGGCAGCAACCCUUGUCAAAAUGGCGGCAUUUGCAGAGAUGAAAUCAAUGGAUAUCUGUGUGACUGCCUCAAUGGCUUCAACGGAUCUAAUUGUCAAUCAAAUAUAGAUGAGUGUGCUCAAGAUCCAUGUUUUAAUGGAGCUAUGUGUACGGAUGGCAUUGGAGGAUUUACUUGCACUUGUUUACCAGGGUUUACAGGAACAACAUGUUCAGUAGAUAUAAACGAGUGUGUGAGUAACCCCUGUCAAAACGGAGCUACCUGUCUGGAUGGAAUCAAUGGAUACACCUGUGAUUGUGCAGCAGGCUACACCGGAUCACAUUGCGCUUCAAACAUUAACGAAUGUGCUAGUACCCCCUGUCAAAAUGGUGCGACCUGUAUGGAUAGAGUCAAUGGUUACACCUGUGAUUGUGUAGCUGGUUACACUGGAUCACAUUGCGCAACAAACAUCAAUGAAUGCGGCAGUAACCCUUGUCAAAAUGGCGGCUUGUGCACAGAUGGAAUCAAUGGAUAUCAGUGUGACUGCCUCAAUGGCUUCAGCGGAUCUAAUUGUCAAUCAAAUAUCAACGAAUGCGCAAGUACCCCCUGUCAAAACGGAGCGACCUGUGUGGAUGGAGUCGAUGGUUUCACCUGUGUUUGUGUAGCUGGUUACACUGGAUCACAUUGUGCAUCAAAUAUCAACGAAUGCGCAAGUACCCCCUGUCAAAACGGAGCGACCUGUGUGGAUGGAGUCGAUGGUUUCACCUGUGUUUGUGUAGCUGGUUACACUGGAUCACAUUGUGCAUCAAACAUCAAUGAAUGUGGCAGUAACCCUUGUCAAAAUGGUGGCAUUUGCACAGAUGAAAUCAAUGGAUAUCGAUGUGACUGCCUCAAUGGCUUCAACGGAUCUAAUUGUCAAUCAAAUAUAGACGAAUGUGCUCAAGACCCGUGUUUCAAUGGAGCUACGUGUACGGAUGGGAUUGGAGGAUUUACUUGUAUUUGUUUACCAGGGUUUACAGGAACAACAUGUUCAAUAGACAUUAAUGAGUGUGGCAGUAACCCUUGUCAAAAUGGUGGCAUUUGCACAGAUGAAAUCAAUGGAUAUCGAUGUGACUGCCCCAUUGGCUUCAACGGAUCUAAUUGUCAAUCAAAUGUAGACGAAUGUGCUCAGGACCCUUGUUUUAAUGGAGCUACGUGUACGGAUGGGAUUGGAGGGUUCAGUUGCUCGUGCGCACCAGGAUUUACGGGAAUAACAUGUGUAGUAGAUAUAAACGAGUGUGGGAGUAACCCCUGUCAAAACGGAGCUACUUGUCAGGAUGAAAUCAAUGGAUACACCUGCGAUUGUGCAGCAGGUUAUACCGGAUCACAGUGCGCAUCAAAUAUCGACGAGUGUGCAAGUACCCCCUGUCAAAAUGGUGCGACCUGUCUGGACGGAGUCAAUGGUUACACCUGUGAUUGUGUAGCUGGUUACACUGGAUCACAUUGUCUAUCAAACAUCAAUGAAUGCGGCAGUAACCCUUGUCAAAAUGGCGGCAUUUGCACAGAUGAAAUCAAUGGAUAUCGAUGUGACUGCCCCAUUGGCUUCAAUGGAUCUAAUUGUCAAUCAAAUAUAGAUGAAUGUGCUCAGGACCCCUGUUCUAAUGGAGCUUCGUGUACGGAUGGAAUAGGAGGAUUUACUUGCACAUGCGCACCAGGGUUUACAGGAAUAACGUGUGCAGAAGAUAUAAACGAGUGUGGGAGUAACCCCUGUCAAAACGGAGCUACCUGUCAGGAUGAAAUCAAUGGAUACACAUGUGAUUGCUUACCGGGAUAUACCGGAUCACAAUGCGCAUCAAAUAUUGACGAAUGCACCAGUAAUCCUUGUGAGAAUGGAGCUUUUUGCACCGAUGAAAUCAAUGGAUAUCGAUGUGAUUGCCUGAAUGGCUUCGGUGGACCGAAUUGUGAAUCAAAUAUAGACGAAUGUCUUCACAGCCCGUGCUUGAAUGGAGCUACGUGUACGGAUGGGAUUGGAGGAUUUACUUGCACAUGCGCACCAGGGUUUACAGGAACAGCUUGUGAAGAAGAUACUGAUGAGUGUGCAUCCAACCCAUGUCAAAAUGGUGGAACCUGCUUUGAUGAAAUCAAUAGAUAUAGCUGUGAAUGCCCGUCUGGUUAUACUGGAAUGGAAUGCAAUUCAGAUAUUAAAGAAUGCGAAAGUAAUCCGUGUCUUAAUGGGGGUACAUGCGAGGAUGGAGUCAAUGGCUUCCAGUGUAGAUGCUUGCAGGGAUACUACGGCAACAAUUGUGCUUCAGUUUCUGAUGUAUGUACGUCAUUGUCAUGCUUGAAUGGAGGGACCUGUAUGAGCCUGGUACCGGGAUCCUCGGAAUACAUCUGCACUUGCCCUGUGGGAUAUGUUGGAAACCGAUGUGAAUUGGAAAUCAACGAAUGUAGUAGUUUACCCUGUCAAAAUGGAGGCACAUGUGUGGAUGGUGUUAAUUCAUACCGCUGUGAUUGCAGACAAGGGUACUCUGGUAUCAACUGCAGAAUAGUUGGGUAUUGUAACAUCUCAGGUAUCUGGUACAAUGAGUGUAACGAUUAUGUCAACAUAACCCAGACAACAUCCGGGUUACUCCUUGGUGAAUACGUUGCAGAUAUCGAAGGUUCUAUCAACAGUUGGCCCAAUGGAAUACUCAUAGGGUACUCAUCUAUCCAAUAUCAGCUGCCUUCCUUCGGUUUUACGGUAGACCAUGCAGGAGGUGAGAGGACCACGGCCUGGACUGGCCAGUGUCGACUGUGUGGGGAGGAGAUACUUCAUACGACCUGGACCUCGGUUAAGAAAGCAGAUAGUUGCAGAGGGAUUAAAAAAUCAUUCAAAACUGGGCUUGAUAGAUGGACGAGAUAUAAACAGAGUUUGGCACCGGCGAAGAAACCUUAACCCCUUCUCUCCGACAAAACAUGCUUGUUGUACUAAAAUAUCGUCAUUAUAUUUAAAUCUUUUAUGUGCUAAAAUGUAUAUUAUAAGAGCAAAUUAAGGAGAGUUUAGAAUGUUUUAGGGAUAUCUCUUCCAUACUCGUCUAUCUUCUUCUUUCCCCUUUCUUUCAACUCUUUUUUAUUUCCUCACCUUUUCACUACUUGAAAUAAAAUAAAGGGAUUUUUUUAAUAUGUAUAUUUUAUCAAGAGUAGGUAUUUAAAAAGAAAUUCAUGAGGUUAUUUUUUUUCUAGUGUAGUUAACUUCCGCCCAACAUCCCAAUGUGUUCAUUUUGUUUUCAAUGUAUGAGGUGCUUAUUUGUUUGAAAACAAGAGAUUGCCAAAUGUGCAACAGACAGCUUAAGAUGCAAUUUUUAACAAAUGACAUUUUGCAGUGAACCUGAAAGUUCCAAGAAGAAAUAUUAUUUCAUCGCUUUGAUGCAAGUCUUGUAGUCAGAGUUAAGUCCAAAUCGAAUUUGAGCCGCAUCCGAUUUUGCAAUUUAAAUUGUUUUCAUUUCUACAGGGAGGCAGGAUCGAAAUAGACUAGAGAUUCGAUAUUAGUAUUUAUAUGACACCUAGAUAGAUCCUUGUCAUUUGAUUUGUUGUUUGAUAUCGAUCAUUCUGCUCGUUUUACAAUGACGUCAUUAACCAUGCAAUUUUGGAUCCAUACGAUUUUGUCCAUUGCACGUGCGCACCGAGACUGCAGGCACCACAAAUAAAACCACCUGGCCCGUAUUCUGAAGUCAGGUUUAACCAAGACCAUGAUCUAACUCUGUGCUAGAAUUAUGGGAAGCCAAAAGUGUCAAAAUUUGUAUUAAGUUGUAUGUUUCUUAUGUUUACUGUGCUCUUUCCUGAUUCAACGAUGGUGAAGGCUAUCAUCUAUUUAUACUUCCUCGACAAUAAUGAUUUGAGAGCCAAAUGAGCUGAAAUAUGAUAUCUCUACUGUUAGUGAUUUAUGUAAUAAUUGGCUAUCCAUACUUAAACAACAACUUUAAACCUGAGUUUAAGUUAAACCCGACUUCAGAAUACGGGCCAAGUUGUGUUUGCAGCGCGCAUGUUGUAUGUACGUGAUAAUCAACAGACCGAGCUCGCACUGCAUGACCAUAUUUGCAUCGAAAUUUAAACAUUUCAUAUAAUAUAUGUUUAGGUGUCAAUAAAAAUUUCAUAUAAUCUGUAUUUAGGUGUCAAUGAAUGCUCUUUUCAUUCGUGAAAUGGACAGAAUACUUCAUGAAGUGAAAAUGAAAUGAACGAUCCAUUCAACUCUGCUGUGACUCGUUAAAUGGAACACUUUUUCACCUAAUGAGCUAUUCUGUCCAUUGCAUUCAUAAACAUUAAUUAUUUUUAUACCAUACCAAUGUUCGGAACUUUGAUCAAUAAGAUUUUAUAAGUUGGAAUGUUCAUUUCAAAUGCUAUUACAGUUUCUCUGAAAUUCGGAUAGCAACAGAUCGUGUAGUGUGUGCCAGGCUUAACGGUUCGUAGAUACUCCAUAUCGAACACUUUUUUAUCAUCAUUAUUUUACGAAUAGAUAAAAAUGUAUUUAGUUAGGAACAGAAACAUUAAUGGAUUGUAAUAUCUGAGGUGUAGGAUUUUUUUUUUUUAGUAAUAAACAAAUUGAAUUGGCAGUAUAAAUUUUUAAGUUUCAAGGUCGAUGGAAAGACAAUUGUUUCAAAAUCUUUUCCAAAAGCCUAUGAAACAUUGCAAUAUUCAAUAUAUGUUUGGUUCCUCAUUAAACAUUAACAUGCAGAACAUUUUUUCAUGUAAUUAUAAAGUUCAUUUUGCAUGUCAUGAAGGUUUUAAUGGUGAGUUUUCUAUUCCAAUACAUUUUUUGUUUCAAUAAGCCUUUUUACUUUUGGCCAUUGGUGACAGCUUUUUGUACCAAGAAACAUGUCUUACUUAGUUCAUACAUUUUGUUAAAAAUAUGAAAACUGGAACUGGAACCUGUUCUUAUUUGGUACUGAGUGAUGGUAACUCGGAAUUGUGUCUAUUUGACUCGAAGCAGUGUUGACUCCCAUCUGACGAUAUUCUUAGUCAAAGUCUACAUCACUGAAAUAAGCAUGUUCAGUUCUAGGUAUUUGGGUAGAUGGGAUUUAUCGAGGCUAGAAAUUGACAUUUAGAUAGGAAAUUAUACCAAAUGUGUUUAUCAUGCCAUAAUUAAUUUAAGUAUUCUUCGACAUAAGAGAAGAUGUAAAACAUUUUUUUAUUCUCGAUGAGUAAAUACUCAUACUUUUAUAAUCAUUUGUUUACAAUUUGUCUAUUCGAGAUAGCUGUUUUCACAUUAUUACUAUAUUCAUGAUAUUGUUUAUGAUGAAUGCUUUCGGAGAAUUUAAAUGAAGAUACAAACAGAAGUGAAAUUUAAUAUGAGGCACAAGAAUAAACAACAGAAUAAGAAAGAGAGGGAUGAUGAUGUACGUAAA